AUGCGACGUAUGAAGGAAGAGAUCCGCACUCAAAAGAGUACACAAUCCGGUGGUAAUAGUCAUGGACAAAAUAGCGAAGAUGAUGAAGAACGAAACAGUGGGCAUGAAGUUUCAUCCAGUAACAACAUCUUACUCACUGGAGUUUUACAAUAA